AUGUUUCGCGUUCGGAAGCGCAUAUUGAACCCAUCCCAUGUCCAGUCCACUUCCACGAUGGCAGCGAAUAUCUGUCAGCUCCUCGAUCUAGAGUCUGAGUCGGAAGACGAGGAAAGAUCUAUUUUAAUGUAUCUAUUUAAUCGAAGAAGAACAAAAAGCGAGAAAAAUGCGUAUCUGCGAAAAAGACAAAGUCAUGGAGAGUUCAACUUAUCUAGAGAAGUUCCAGACAGCAUAUUCAAAGAGACAUUUAGAGUGAACAGAACACAGUUCAACGAAAUCCAUGAAUUGAUAAAGAACGAUAUUACGGGUAAAGAGUGCAAUGCACAAAAACCUAUUGGAAGUGAAGAAAAAGUAGCCGUAUGUCUAAGGUAA